AUGGCCGCAGGGGCGCUGCUGCUGCUGCUGCUGGGGGCUCUGGGGGCGCCGUUCGCCCCGGGCGCCCGCGGCUCGGAGGCAGAGGGCCGGCUCCGGGAGAAACUUUUCUCGGGCUACGACAGCUCGGUGCGGCCGGCGCGGGAGCUCGGGGAGCGCGUCGGGGUCAGCGUCGGCCUCCGGCUGGCGCAGCUCAUCAGCCUGAACGAGAAGGACGAGGAGAUGACCACAAAGGUGUACUUAGACCUGGAGUGGAAGGACUACAGGCUGAGCUGGGACCCCGCCGACUACGAAGGCAUCGAUUUGCUCCGCAUCACCGCUGCAUCCGUGUGGCUCCCGGACGUGGUGCUGCUGAACAACAACGACGGGAAUUUUGGCGUCGCGCUGGACAUUAACGUCGUGGUGGCCUCUGAUGGCUCCGUGCGCUGGCAGCCCCCUGGCAACUACCGCAGCAGCUGCAGCAUCCAGGUCACCUACUUUCCCUUUGACUGGCAGAACUGCACCAUGGUAUUCCGUUCCUAUAGCUACGACAGCUCCGAGGUCAGCCUGCACACUGGCGCAGGUCCAGAUGGGCAGGACCGGCAGGAAGUGUACAUUCAUGAAGGGACCUUCAUAGAGAAUAGCCAAUGGGAGAUCAUCCACAAGCCCUCUCGGCUCAUCCAGCCUCCAGUGGAUCCCAGGGGGUCGGGGGAAGGACAGCAUGAAGAAGUCACCUUCUACCUCAUCAUUCGCCGGAAGCCUCUCUUCUACCUGGUCAAUGUCAUUGCGCCCUGCAUCCUCAUUACUCUCCUGGCCAUCUUCGUCUUCUACCUGCCGCCAGACGCAGGAGAGAAGAUGGGGCUCUCAAUCUUUGCCCUGCUGACUCUUACUGUGUUCCUGCUGCUGCUGGCAGACAAAGUGCCUGAGACCUCGCUGGCUGUCCCCAUCAUUAUUAAGUACCUCAUGUUUACCAUGGUCCUCGUCACCUUCUCAGUCAUCCUUAGCGUUGUUGUUCUUAACCUGCACCAUCGCUCACCUCACACCCACCAGAUGCCCCUUUGGGUCCGUCAGAUCUUUAUCCACAAGCUCCCUCUGUACCUGGGACUGAAGAGGCCCAAAUCUGAGAGAGACCAGAAGCCGGAGCCACCUCCUGUAGCCCUCAGGGAGCCUCCGGGAAGUGGCUGGGGUCGGGGAACAGAUGAAUACUUCAUCCGGAAGCCACCGAAUGAUUUUCUCUUCCCCAAACCCAACAGGUUCCAGCCUGAAUUGUCUGCCCUGGAUCUACGGCGAUUUAUCGAUGGCCCCAGCCGGGCCGCGGGCCUGCCCGCCGAGUUGCGGGAGGUCGUCUCCUCCAUCAGUUACAUCGCCCGGCAGCUGCAGGAGCAGGAGGACCACGACGCGUUGAAGGAAGACUGGCAGUUUGUGGCCAUGGUAGUGGACCGCCUCUUCCUGUGGACCUUCAUCAUCUGCACGAGUGUCGGGACCCUCGUCAUCUUCCUGGACGCCACAUACCACUUGCCCCCGCCCGACCCCUUUCCUUAG